UGCCCCCCCCCCCACUCACUCAACUCCUCCCAAAAAUAUUGCUAUCGGUGGUUAGUAGCUACCAAAGUGUUCGCGCCAAAGUGUUUUUGUUUACAAAUUCGCCAAGGCCCAAAGUAUUGAAGGUGACAAGCGCAGGUCGGGUCAGACUGGGAAAAGUCUAUGCCAAUGCAAGAGUCCCCAUGACAACGAUAAUGUGGUCAUGUACGACCCUGAAUGCAGCGCCAUACUGGAACUACAUUCAAAAGAAUCAUCUGAGGAAUCUUCAGAAGAAGACAUUGUGAAGUGUUCUGCAGAGCCAGAGGUUGUAGGCCCAGCCAAUGCAGCCAUGGAGCUGGAAAGGAGGUUUGAGGAGAUGAGGAGGCGAAAUGAGGCUUUGCUGAAACGGUUCAAUGAAGUUGAGGAAGACAGGAGAAGGGCUGAGCGUAGGGGGGCAGCCCUGCUGCCCAAAAGCACCAAACUGGUCAAAACCAGUUAUUCAGCUCAUACCACUGAUGUGUCGGACCAGUGGGAGAGCCUCAGCAUCACCGUAAUGAACCAGAAGGACUCCCGUUUGGUGGCAAGGCGGUCUAAUGGAGGCAGCAGGCAGCCCAAAUCACGGAGGUUGGAGGACCGCCUGGAAAAGAGAUGUGGGGAGGAGAAAAACAUUUUGGAGGAAAGGCAGCUGAUAAUCUGCACUAUAGACAACGGUGAGGAUGCAGGAGACUACUGCACAGACCACAAUGGCAGCACAUCGGACGUAGAGAGGCGAGAGUACCUACGCUGGAAGAAGAGACGCAACCGCUCGAUUGUGGAACUGCUCGGCCAACACCAGGACGAUCUGGUAGAACACCUACAGAGCAGCAAGGAUCAGAUGGAACUGCUCGACCAGGAUGACCUGGCAGUACACCUCCAGAGCAACAAGGAGCAGAUGGAACUGCUCGACCAGGACGACCUGUCAGUACACCUCCAGAGCAGCAGGGAGCAGCGUAAGAAAGCCCGUUAGCUGGACAAUGACAUAAUUCUAAUUUUCUUGUUCAGUCAACCACUGUUAGUAUUUGUGCAUGUUUAUUGGUGUAUUGCACUUUAUUUCUUGAUAUUUUCACUGUGAAUGUAAAAUUUUUCUGUACUUUAUAAACAACCUGUAAAAUGAGCAACCACAAGCUUUGUUUUUCUUUUACCUCACACUUUCUCUGACAGAGAUAAAGUAGAGGGAGAAUAAAGUUAACACUCAAUGUA